AUGCUGGCUCAUGACGCGAUCGAGCAGUUGGCCAACAGGGAGAGAGAGGCAUGGGCAGUUGACGGGCCAGUCGAGGAGCUGCCGGCCGUGAUGGUACCAGUCAUUGAGACUAGGCUACAGGGGACAGUGGCAGGUGAACGACGCGGUCUGCGUCGACACCAUCGAUACCACCCGCAUAUUAAUAUCAACACCCCGAGCGAAAUUCAGGAGCAGCAGAUGGCCGGCGACGGCCUUCCUGCGUAUACACGAUACACCGAGAAUACCCCCAAUGAUGCUUCGGAAGACUACAUGGACGAGGAUAGCGAGGAUGACAGUUCAGAGCCCGAAUAUCCCACCGUCCUAUUCCCCCCUCCGUCAUAUCACGCCGAAGCGCAGCGAGAUCCACCGACCUACAAUGUAGCCAUCCCAGGCAUCCAAUCAGAGCGCCGCUCUGAAUUACAGCGGCAAUGGGUGUCAUAUGCAGAAGGAAAGCGGUUCGAGCACCGACAAAAUUAUGUAUCAUGGAGGACAGCACGGAGUAGCAACAGCGCGUCUGAUACCUCAUCCGUGACCCUCGCCGGUAGCCCGAGUAGUUCGCCUUCGAGCUUUGAUCCCUUGCCGGCCGUGGAACCAUCACCACCUCCUCCUCCUCCUCCGCCUUCUCGAUCACCACCAGCAGUGACCCCGCUGACGACACGUCAACGAGCCAGGCGAGCUCUUGCGCAAUUCCCCGCGAAAUUGGGUGGCUCCCUCGCCAAAGUCAUCAUGCUCGAUAAGAUGGCUUCCUGGGCGGCCAAGACGAAACAUUGGAAGAAGACAAAGCGGGAUUAUGUCAAGGAGGUGUCUGGGGAGAGGUGCUUUUUUGUUGGUGCUGUGGAUAGGAUGCCUGAUGGACAGCCUGCCUCGGAUUCAGGCUCAACUCGGCCAGCUACGCCGGCUGUUCAAGUAGUGCCGCCACGUGCUAAUCCGGUGAUGAAUGUUUUUGUUCCGAAUGAGGGCACUGGGUUUGAGAGGGGCAGGAGACACGAGCCUGGGAGUGAUUCAGCUGGGUCCUCCCGACCGGGGACGGCAACGGGCCUUGUGCGGUCAAGCUCGCUACUCGAGAGGGUGGCAAGUUUGACGAAGAGGAAGAAAGGUGUUGAUGGGGAGGCGGGUUUUCCUAUACCGGAACUAGGGAGGAGGCCGAGCAGGAGGAGACCGGGGGGUGACCUGGAGAUGGUGGGGGGUUAGGGGAGUGUUGCUGAUCGGGUCGAGGACGACUUUACAUACAUAUAUACUUCCUCGGGAUGAUGGACAUACGCAACGCUAGAAGGGAAAAGCAACUCGACAGAUGUUGGUAGUUUAAUGGCUGGGCGUUGCUUUCUUGUUUUCUCCCCCAAAAUACACAAAGGCGACAGUCUACAAGGCCAGGAGGCGCCACCGCAAAUUACCAGAAUAUUUGCAUAGAAUACACAAGCAUAUAAUCAAUUCCUUGCUCUUUCCAAACCCUUAUCAAGACGACAUUGUUUCAUGAAGAGGGUUAGGGUACAAAUCCUAUGACACUUGCCCCUGCAAUUGCCCC